AUGAUUUCACUACAAUCAAUCAUAUUUGUAUUAUCACUAAUAUCUUUAGUAUCAUCUAAAAGAAUAAAUUUAUUUAUUAAACCAAUUAAUGAUGACACAUCCGAUCCAAUUGGAUUUAUAGAUAAUGAUUCAAUACAUUUAAUGGAAAUUGAACCUCAACAAUCAAUAUGUAUUGGUACAAAAGAUAUAUAUAAUAAUGAAUGUUUCAGUUAUCAAAAGAAUAUUCAAUCAUUUAAUAAUACUGUGUUUAAUUUAUAUCUAGAUGAAGAUAAUGAUAUUUUUAGAAUCAGUUUAUCAUUUGAUGAUAAAAUACAAAAACCAACUGUUAAAAAACAUAAACAUAUUAUAUCACCACAACCAAAUUUAAACCCUGAUUCAAUGAAAAAACAAAGAGAACAACAAUCUGAACAACAAAAUGGCGGAAAUGCUCAAAAAAUUGAAAAAAUCAUUACAAAAAAGAAAAUAAUUGAGAAAGAUUCAAAUGGUAAUGAAAUUAUUAAGGAGGUAGAUGAAGAAAUAGAACAAGUUGUAGAUGAUAGAUCAUUUAUUCAAAAGAAUUGGAUGUAUAUUGUACCAGUCUUAAUUCUAUUAUUAGUUGGAGGUGGUGGUAAUCAAUAA